CAUGACACACAGAGAUCUUGUGAUUAUCCCAAGACAAAAACCAGAGUAAAAGACCUGUCUGGUUUUUCUGAGAAGUUAUAUUUUUUUUUGUCGGAGAAUCUUAUAGACAUGGCUUCAGGGGGAUCAAAGUCGGCAGCUUUCAUGCUUCUGAUGCUGAAUCUUGGUCUUUAUUUCGUCGUCACUGUCAUCGCCUCAUGGGCUGUUAAUCACGGCAUCGAGAGAACUCACGAGUCCGCGUCGACACUGUCACUUCCGGCGAAGAUCUUCCCGAUAUACUUCCCGGUGGGUAACAUGGCGACUGGUUUUUUCGUAAUAUUCACGUUGAUCGCCGGCGUCGUCGGAAUGGCGACAUCACUCACCGGAAUCCUCAACGUUCUUCAGUGGGACUCUCCGAAUCUCCACUCCGCCGCGGCUUCCUCUCUCAUAUCCUGGUCUCUCACUCUGCCUCGCCAUGGGAUUGGCCUGCAAGGAGAUCAACAUUGGCUGGACCGAAGCCAAUCUAAGAACUCUUGAAGUUCUGACAAUAAUUGUAAGUGCUACUC